CAAGGAACACAGUGGAAUAGAUGACUUCUGCUGCUCUUCAAGACUGAGGCAUUGUCACCUGGAUGGUCUAAAGGAAACAAAAGACAGGAGUAGAGCCCCUGGCCUUCCCUUUGGGUACCACCACCAUCUGGAAAAGCAGAUUCUCUGAUUCUGGGAAACGAAGGAUUGACAAGACAGCUGAAAAUGACCAGGAAGAGGAUAUACUGGGUCCCCAGAUCUUCAGGUGGCCUCGGGAAUCUUGGCAUGGACGUGAGCAAUGACAUGGUUUCAGGGCUUAGCUAUAAUACGUACACUCUAGAAGAUGGCUCCUGGAGCCAGCAGGUGAGGAAGCCUGAGGCACCGGAGGUGGCAACAGUUCUCCCCUGGGGGAAGUAUGAUGCUGCCUGGAGAACCAUGAUUCCUUUCCGUCCCAAGCCAAAGUUUCCUGCCCCACAGCCCCUGGAUGAUGCUGGCCUGUUCUCCUAUCUUACGGUGUCAUGGCUGACCCCACUCAUGAUCCUAGGUUUACAGAAACGCUUGGAUGAGAACACCAUACCCCAGCUGUCGGUAAAUGAUGCCUCAGACAAAAAUGCUAAAAGGCUUUGCCUCCUUUGGGAAGAAGAAGUCUCAAGACAUGGGAUUGAGAAAGCUUCAGUGUUUCGAGUGAUGAUGAAAUUUCAAAGAACAAGGGCUCUUUUCAGUGUAUUUCUGGGCUGCCUCUUCUCCGCCUCGGGUGUGGUAGGGCCAAUGCUGAUUAUACCAAAGAUCCUGGAAUAUUCUGAAGCGCCAUCAGGAAAUAUUGCCUAUGGAGUGGGACUCUGCCUUGCCCUCUUUUUCACGGAAUGUCUGAAGUCUCUGAGUCUGUGCUCAUGCUGGGUCUUAAACCAGCGCACAGGCAUCAGGUUUCGUUCUGCUGUUUCCUCCUUUGCUUUUGAGAAGCUAAUGCAAUUUAAGUCUCUAACACACAUCACCACUGGAGAGGCCAUUAGCUUCUUCGCCAGCGACGUAAACUGCCUGUUCGAAGGGGUGUACUAUGGCCCCCUGAUCUGGCUCAUCUCUUCAUUGCUGAUCUCCUGCACUGUCACCUCCUACCUCACUCUUGGACCCACUGCGCUCUCCGCCAGUCUGUGCUAUCUCCUAAUUUUACCAGUGGAGGUGUUCCUGAUUCAAAAGAUUAUUAAGAUACACAAUCACACCUCUGAGAUCAGCGACCAGCGCAUCCGUGUGACCAGUGAAGUUCUCACCUGCAUUAAGCUGAUUAAAAUGUAUGCAUGGGAGAAACCAUUUGAAAAAAUAAUUAAAGCCCUCAGAAGGCAGGAAAAGAAACUGCUGGAGAAGACUGGGAUCAUCCAGAGCCUGACCACUGCCUCCUUGUUUAUAGCGCCUACAGUGGCCACAACAUUGACGUUCAUUAUCCACACAUGUUUACAACAGAAACUCACAAUCUCAGUGGCUUUCACUACGGUGGCCACCUUGAUUCCCAUGCGGCUGUCCGUGUUCUUCGUGCCCUUUGCAGUAAAAGGCCUCACGAAUUCCAAGCCCGCAGCAGAGAGGUUUAAGAAAUUUUUCCUACAGGAGAGACCUGUUUUGUACGUCCAGGCAUUGAAAGAUCCCAGCAAAGCAGUGGUUUUGGAGGACGCCACCUUGUCAUGGCAACAGACCUGCCCAGGGAUUGUAAAUGGAGCCAUGGAGAUGGAGAAGAACGGGCACACUUCCGAGGGGAUGACCAGGGCUCAGCCAGCUCCAGGAGCCCUCGGGCCAGAGGACACAAAGGACAGCCUAGCCCCAAAGUUGCACAAAUUAAACCUAAUGGUGUCAAAGGGGACCACCUUGGGGGUCUGUGGCAAUACCGGGAGUGGCAAGAGCAGCCUGCUGUCAGCCAUCCUGGGGGAGAUGCACUUGCUGGAGGGCUCGGUGGGGAUGCAUGGAAGCCUGGCUUAUGUCCCCCAGCAGGCCUGGAUCAUCGGAGGUAGCGUCAGGGAGAACAUCCUCAUGGGAGGCCAUUAUGACAAGGACUGGUACCACCAGGUACUCCAUUGCUGUUCCUUGAACCGUGACCUGGAAAUUCUGCCCUUUGGAGACAUGACAGAGAUUGGGGAGCGGGGCCUCAACCUGUCUGGGGGACAGAAGCAGAGGAUCAGCCUGGCCCGUGCCGUCUACUCUAACCGCGAGGUCUAUCUGCUGGACGACCCCCUGUCUGCUGUGGAUACCCAUGUGGGGAAGCACAUCUUUGAGGAGUGCAUUAAGAAGACGCUCAGGGGGAAGACAGUUAUUCUGGUGACCCACCAGCUGCAGUAUUUAGCAUUUUGUGACCAGAUUGUUCUCUUAGAAGACGGGAAAAUCUGCGAAAAAGGAAUUCACAGUGAAUUAAUACAGAAAAAGGGGCGAUACGCCAAACUCAUCCAAGAGAUGCAUGGAGGAGGAUGGACACAGGACAAACCACAGGACACAGCAAAGCCAGCAGAAGACCCUCAGGUGCAAGGGCAGGCCCAGACCACCUUCCAGGAAGAGUCUCUCCAUGAAAGUGCUGUGCUGGAAAAUCAGCUCACAAGGAAGGAGAAGAUGGAAGAAGGGUCCCUGAGAUGGAGCAUCUACCACCACUAUAUCCGGGCAGGUGGAGGUUAUGUGAUCUCUGCCACUGUUUUCUUUCUCAUGGUGGUGAUCAUCUUCCUCACGACCUUCAACUUCUGGUGGCUGAGCCACUGGUUGGAGCAGGGCUCAGGGACCAACAGCAGUCAAGAGAGCAAUGGAACUACUGCAGACUCGGGCGACAUACUGAACAACCCUCAGCUACUGUAUUACCAGCUGGUGUAUGGACUCAGUGUCCUGCUACUAAUCUUCACAGGUGUCUGCUCCUCGGGGAUUUUCACCAGGAUCACAAGGAAAGCAUCCACAGUGUUGCACGACAAGCUCUUCAACAAGGUUUCUUGCUCUCCCAUGAGCUUCUUUGACACAACCCCAACAGGCCGACUCCUGAACUGUUUUACGGGGGACUUGGAUAUCCUGGACCAGUUGUUGCCUGUCGUUGCUGAAGAGUUUCUGCUCCUGGCUUUGAUGGUGGUCGCCAUCCUGUUGACUGUCGCUGUGGUGUCUCCAUACAUUCUGCUGAUCGGAGUCAUAUUAGUCACUGUUUGCCUUAUUUAUUAUUUGAAGUUUAAGAAGGUCACCAACUUGUUCAAGAGAUUGGAGAACUACAGCCGCUCCCCUCUGUUCUCCCACAUCCUCACCACUGUGCAGGGCCUGAGCUCCAUCCAUGUCUAUGGAAAAAUUGAAGACUUCAUCAGCGAGUUUAAGAGGCUGAGUGAUAUGCAGAAUAACUACCUGCUGAUGUUCCUGUCUUCCUCGAGAUGGCUGUCACUGAGACUGGAGAUCAUGACCAACCUGCUGGGCUUCGCUGUGGCCUUGUUCGUGGUUUUUGGCAUCUCCUCUGCCUCCUAUUCCUAUAAAUCCAUGGCUAUCAGCCUCAUCCUGCAGCUAGCGUCCAACUUCCAGGCCUCCGCCCGGAUUGGAUCAGAGACAGAGGCAUACUUCACUGCUGUGGAGAGGAUUCGUCAAUAUAUGAAGAUGUGUGUCCCUGAGUCUCCUUUACACAUCGAAGGCACAAGCUGUCCCCCUGGGUGGCCACAGCAUGGAGAAAUCACAUUCCAGGAUUAUUGCAUGAAAUACAGAGACAACACACCCAUUAUCCUCAAUGGCAUCAACCUGACAAUUCAUGGCCACGAAGUGGUGGGCAUCGUGGGAAGAACAGGCUCUGGGAAGUCCUCCUUGGGGGUGGCUCUCUUCCGCCUGGUGGAGCCGGCAGCUGGCCGGAUUCUCAUCGAUGGUGUGGACAUCUGCAGUAUCAGCCUGGUAGAACUGCGGUCCAAGUUCUCAGUUGUCCCUCAAGAUCCUGUCCUGCUUUCAGGAACCAUCAGAUUCAACCUAGACCCUUUUGAUCACUACACGGAUGAGCAGAUCUGGGAUGUCUUGGAGAGGACAUUCCUGAGCACAACAAUCUCAAAGUUACCCCAAGGACUACAGGCAGAAGUGGUGGAAAGUGGCAGAAACUUCUCCGUGGGGGAGAGGCAGCUGCUCUGCAUUGCGAGAGCCCUCCUUCGCAACUCCAAGAUCAUCCUUAUUGAUGAAGCCACAGCUUCCAUUGACUUGGAAACCGAUACCUUGAUCCAGCACACAAUCCGCAAAGCCUUCCAGGGCUGCACAGUGCUGGUCAUUGCACACCGUGUCACCACUGUGCUCAACUGUGACCGCAUCCUGGUCAUGAGCAAUGGGAAGGUUGUGGAGUUUGACAGGCCCGAGGUCCUAAAGCAGAAGCCUGAGUCAGUGUUUGCUGCCCUGCUGGCAACAGCCCAUUCUUCACUGAGUUAAAGAGGACUGGUGACUGUGUGCGGGCUGAUGAUAGAGCCAAGUGUCGCUGUGAGCCUGUGGUCUAUGACCUUCUUGUGCAGAGACGGCUACUUCUCCUGAAGGCAGCCUGAAAUGUACCCAGGGCUGCUGGCAAUGGGAUGGUAAAGAAGAUUGUGGGAGCAAAACCUGGAAUAGGCCACUCUGUGGUUCCCCAGAUCUGGGAACCCCUGCACCACUUAAGACCAUGUGGUCAAAUCAUCAUGUGCCUCUUUUUAACUGACAUGUUGAGUAACUUCAUAGUAAUGUGAAAGCUUAUUAUAGUUUUAAAAGUAUUGCAAAUGCUGUAUUGAUUUUGUAAAAAAAAAAAAAAAAAGAACAAGAAAAAGUCACAUUCUGUGUUCUGCUUUCUUGUUAGCUAGUACUCAUUCAGCUGCAGGGAAGAGAGAGUCCCUCAUAUUGACUUCUGGAAAAGGGGCUUCAUUGGUUAAUGGAAUGGAAAUGUCCAGAAAAAUUUAGGUUGGGUGCCAGUAUCUAAAAGAUGUAUGUCUUAUGAGCUCUGCUUCUUCUUCUCUCAGCUCUACUUUCCUUUUAUGGCUUCACUCUUUGGCCCCCUCUCUCCUCAUAGUGGUGGCAAGGCUGCUAGCAGCUCUAGGCUCAUGUACUCCCAGCUCAGCUGCCCCAGGUCUUCUUUCCCCCAAAUGAUCCCAGCAAAAGUCCCAUGGCUAAAUUUCACUGGGUUGACUUGGGUCAUGUGCUCAUCCCUAAACCAAUCACAUGCUAGGCUGUUAGAAUACAGUGACUAGCCAGGCCCAAGUCCCAUGCCCACACCUGGACCAGGGGAUGGGGUCAGCUGUCCUGAAUCACAUGGGCUAAGAAUGGAAAGGGUUAUUUCUCCAAAAUAAAAUUGGGGUGGUCUUACUACAUGAAAGAGAAAUGGAUAAGGACACUGGGCAGGCCCCAAAUAGUAGCUGUCUACCAUGUUUACUUCCUGAUUAGAGCAUAAAUGGAUGGAAUAAAGAGUUAGUUUGUAACGUGUGCCAACUGGAAUUAAGGUUACUGGUCUCCCCACUUGCCCAAGUGGUUAUAGAGACAUGCAUAGAAAAAGAUAAUUAUUUUCACUUUACCACCAGGCAGAACUCAUUGUUGGGGGCAAAAUAGGUAUCAGGGCAUUCUCUUUUUGUUUUCGGAUUACAGUGUCUGGUCUUGCCAUAAGAAAAAUCAAUUCAGCAAACAAAUAUUUCUUGUUCUCUUUCUUGCACUGGGGUAGGUGCUGGGAGUGUAAUGAUGUCCCUUUCCUCAUGGAAUUUGAGAUCUUAUGAGAAUGAGUGAACAAUGAACAAGUAAGUAGAUGGUUCCAGAACUGAGUGGCAGGAGGUAAGGACAGUUAGAGCAGGCUUCCAGGUAGAAGGAAGCUUGUGGUUUACUGACCUGAAACCUGCACAAAUAUUUGCCGGUGCAAGAGAAAAUGUUCCAGGCAGAUAGAACAGCAAAUAAAUCCCCUUAGGAAAGAACUAUGACAAGCUGUUAUAAUCUUUGGACCAAACAGAGGGAAAAGACCAAGUUCCGGAGUUAGUGAGAUGUGUGCAUCAACUUCUCUUCCCUUCCUGAGGUUCUUAGGUAUCCCCUGCUUCUUUUCCCAAGGCCUUUCCCUAGGUGGAUGUCUUUUCUCUCUUAAAAAUCUCUUUGUCCAGUUUAUCCCUUUCUCCUGCGUCCUUGCCUUUUUCUUAGGCCCUGAAGAGUGCCUGGGGACCCCUUCGGCUCCCAUCCUGUCCAAACCCUGGGGUCAUAGAGCUGCUUAUCUGCAAGUUGAAACUGACUCUAUUUGCCCUGCCCUGCCGUCUUCCCAGAGCUGCUGUGGGAUGACUGCGUGCAUCACCUGUGAGAAGGAGUUCCACAAUCAGUGCCACUUAGCCAUGGUACUUGACCCAAGGGACCUUCCCCAGGCCCGCCAGAGAGGCCAUAUUUUCCUUGAGUUGGCCAGCAGAUGGCAGGCUCCUCCCACAAAUGAAGGGAGAGACUGUUGGUUUCUGAUCCAGAUCAGCUGAGAAUCCCCAGAGGAGGUGUGGGCCCCAGAGGUAGCCCAAAGAAGACGGAGCCCUUCUCCACCCUCCUUGAAGCAGCCCCUCCUGCUGGAAUGAUUAGAAUUACCCAAGGAAUCCUUAAAACACUUAUGUCCACUCCUUGGAGUUCUGAUUCAUUGGUUUAAGGUGGAGACUGAGCCUUGGGAUUUUUAAAGCUUUAGGUAAAUCUAACAUGAAGCAAAACCUGAGAACCACUGGUUCCAAGCAGCGAUAAAACAGAACUUUUUGAAAAAUUAUAUGUAUACUUUAACAAUAUUGGUAAUAUUUUUUAAGCUGAGUGGUUAAGUAUAUAACUUUGUUUUCUUUCAAUAAUUCUUAAUUAUGUAUUUUUGGUCAUCUGAACUAUUUUGUAAUAAAAUUUUAGAAAUUAACAUUUGAUAUUUUGCAAACAAUGUGAAAAUCGCUGUAAUGAGUGAGUGUAGAACUUGGUUCUACUUUCUCAUAUUUACGUAAUGGUUUGCUGUUAUGUGUAUUCUCAAUUACACUCCGGUGGGGAGGAGAUCAGAGUAUUUUUGGUG